AUGAUUGUGGACUUAUAUAUAUCAUCAACCUCAGGCAACACAAACGUCAAAAGUAGACAACAGUAUAUAAUAAACAGACUCACUGCUGCGAAAAUACCCUUCGAAGUUAAAGAUAUAUCCUCCUCAGAGACGGACAAACAGUUCAUGUGCAAGAUCCUCAAAGAAAAUGGAAAAACACCAAUUGCCCCUCAACUAUUUCUCGGAUCAGAAUAUCUGGGGGAUUAUGAUGAAUUUAUGCAAGCUAAUGAAAAUGAAAUGUUGCUGGAAUUUUUAAAACUCAAUGAUUCAUCCCAUACCACAGGCUUAGAAGCUGAAUCAUAA